CGGCGGCACACACGAGGUCGGUGACGGGUCGCCGGUCAGUAGGGCGACCUGUGACUGCAGGGCGACCCGUGACGGUGACGGUGGCCGGCACGGAGCCGAUCCGUCGGUAUGAUAACCUGCGUCGGCCGAUAGUGAACGUCCGAGCGGAGGGGCGCCGUCACCAGGUGCACGCGAUCUACUGCCGGCCGGCUGCACGGUAUGUUGUGACUCAGUGCACAAGGACUCGGUCUGUACCAGCGCAGGCAGUGCAGGGGCCUGGCUUAGUGCAGUGACGGCGGUCCCUGGGUGUGCGCGUUGCGGUAUUGGGUCAACUGUCAGCGACGGCAGGCACGACGCGAUUCUGCACAUCGUUGCAGCAUGAAUGAAGUUUGUGAUUGGAGGUUUGUGGUUAUGUAACGCUGCUGGACCUGGAUUUCCUGGAAGUCUGGCAUUCAUGCCCGAUACAGAUCGGCAUGACUUGGUUCGGCCUGUAGUGUGACAUGUGCAACUGAACGCAGUGCAGCAGUCAGUGAUUGUCAGCGCCGAGGGCUGGGGCCCGUUUGUGCGUGCAACAGCUUCGCUAUAGGACUCAGGGGCACCGUUUCAUAGCUCAAAAGCUCUACUAAUCAGAGCUACAGUGCUCCACCGCAGAACUUCUGAGCUCGUCUUUACAGCUCAAGAACUCCACUUCUGUCCUCCAGAAGUCCAGCCAUGUUGGAGGUCAGCACCCUGCGCCCGGUGAAGCUGGCGCUGCUGUACCUGGCCGACCUGUGGACGUUCCUGCGUUCUUUCUACAGCGACGACUCGGACGUGCCGCCGCCGCGGCCGGAGCCGCCGUCGGACGCCUGGGUGGAGGCCAAGAUGACCUCGCUGCUGCAGGAGGCGCCGGAGGAGGACGGCGACUGCGGCAACAGCAGCUCCCAGCCGCCCGACUGGCUGGAUGACCGAAAACUGGCCCGCGCACGGCGGCUGCACGAGCUCUACUGGCCGGUCAUCAACAACUCCCAGGUGAUGUCUCUGUUCCUGUCGUUCACGACGAUCGGUGCGCGGCCGCUGGUGUACACGCGCCGCUCCGACACCGUGCCGCGCGCGCGCCGCCGCUACCUGGAGACGGCGCUGUACACGCUCACCUGGGUGUUUGGUGACGUCUGGCUGCCGACUGACACCGCCUUCAGUAACGCCGACAAAGUGCGAGCCAUGCACCGCCGCGUGACGGAGCAACUGGAGGGCAAGGACCUGGCUGAGGUCGACCUGCCGGCGCCGGGUCGGUGUCCGCUGGCGGCCCUCAGAGGUGACCUGGGCCCGCCGCCGGCGGAGCCUGCUCGACCGACACGGUUCCUCUCCCAGCUGGACAUGGUGCUGACGCAGUGGUUCUUCGUUGGCCUGGUGGUGCUCCACCCGGAGAAAUUCGGCCUGGCGCACCUCACCGACGACGACCUCGAGUGUUUCGUCCACCUGUGGCGGAGCAUCGGUCACCGGCUGGGUGUGGCCGAGAGGCACAACCUGUGUGUCGGCUCGCUGACCCAGGUGCGCGCGCUGUGUCUCCAGCUGGAGCGGCGCGUGCUGGUGCCGCAGCUCCGGCACCCGGACCGCUGCUGGCUGGGCCUCACACACGCCCUGUUCGACGGUCUGGGCACCGUGUUCCGCCAGUGUCACCACGACGUCUUCCUCUACUAUAUCCUGCACGACGUGCUGGGGCUGGAGGUGCCGCGACUGUACGGCACACUCUCCUGGCUGACCCGGCUGCGCUACCGCCUGCUGCGCACCAUCUUCCGGCUGGCUAACGGCAACACGGAGAUGCACGCGCGGAUCAGAGAGCGCGCUCGCACCGAGUUUGUGACCGGGGUGGAGAAAGAAGGCCUACCGAAGAACGUCACCUAUGUACUCGACCUUAUCUAGUCAUCGGUUCGAAUAUUCGAACGGCAAUAAAGACGUUCUAGUGAAUAGUGCUUGCGGGUCAAGCCAAGGUGCCUUAUUAGUUGCUAGUCGAUCUGAUCAUAGACAUCUGCAUACAUAGGUCUAUGACCGUAUCUGUAAUAAGUAAUCACUAUAGCGUUCAGUGUCUAUUAU